UUUAGAAUAUCUACACAGUGACCUGCAGCAUUUAGAACUCUCUGUUCAGAAUGGAUGAUGGAUAUAGAAACACAAACCAGGUCUCAGAUGACUACAGGUACCAGGAUGGCAGCUAUGACACACCCAACGAUGGCUACUACCGGGGCGGGGAUGAGCCCGCGCAGGACGAGGAUGCCCAGAGUGAUGUCACAGAAGGCCAUGAUGAGGAUGAUGAGGUCUAUGAGGGGGAGUACCAAGGGAUCCCACACCCAGAUGACAUUAAAGAGAAGCAGAAGAAGCGAGCCCCUGCCAUGGAUGAUGAGUACAGAGACCGUGCUGACCUCAUGGCCGAGAGGAUGGAGGACGAGGAGCAGCUCGCCCACCAGUAUGAGAACAUCAUUGAGGAGUGUGGCCACGGACGCUUCCAGUGGACUCUCUUCUUUGUUUUAGGGUUGGCACUGAUGGCAGAUGGGGUGGAGGUGUUUGUGGUUGGAUUUGUUCUUCCCAGUGCUGAGAAGGAUAUGUGCUUGUCCAGUUCCAACAAAGGGAUGCUGGGCUUGAUAGUCUACUUAGGAAUGAUGGUGGGGGCUGUCUUGCUGGGUGGCCUCGCUGACAAACUGGGAAGAAAGCAAUGCCUCAUCAUGUCACUCGCAAUCAAUGCUGCCUUUGCGUUCCUCUCCUCCUUCGUCCAGGGAUACGGAUUCUUCCUCUUCUGCCGCCUUAUCUCAGGCCUGGGUAUCGGGGGCACCCUCCCCAUCGUGUUUGCCUAUUUCUCUGAAUUCCUGUCUCGUGAGAAGAGGGGGGAACACCUGAGCUGGCUUUGCAUGUUCUGGAUGAUUGGUGGCAUUUAUGCUUCAGCAAUGGCUUGGAGCAUCAUCCCACAUUACGGCUGGGGGUUCAGUAUGGGAACCAAGUACCACUUCCACAGCUGGAGAGUCUUUGUGCUGGUGUGUGCUCUGCCCUGUAUCGCCUCCCUGGUGGCGCUGAAAUUCAUGCCUGAGAGCCCGCGGUUUUUGCUGGAGAUUGGUAAACAUGAUGAAGCUUGGAUGAUUCUCAAACAAGUCCAUGACACCAACAUGAGGGCCAAGGGCGAGCCAGAGAGGGUGUUUACGGUUUCCUAUAUCAAAACUCCAAAGCAAGUAGAUGAAUUUAUUGAAAUCCAGAGCUCAACGGGGACCUGGUACCAGCGGUGGCUGGUCAGAAUCACAACUACUUUAAGACAGGUCUGGGACAAUGUGCUAUAUUGUUUAACAGCCCAGUACAGGAUGAACACACUGAUGCUGGCUGUGGUUUGGUUUACAAUGGCCUUAAGUUACUAUGGCCUUAUUGUCUGGUUCCCUGACAUGAUCCGCUAUUUCCAAGACGAGGCAUAUGAAUCCCGGGUGAAGAUCUUUGAUGAGGAAGAAGUGUCCCAUUUCACCUUUAAUUUCACCCUGGAAAACCAGAUCCAUAGAAAUGGAGAAUACAGGAAUGACAAAUUUAUUGGCAUGAAAUUCAAGGAAGUGAGAUUUGAGGAUUCAUUAUUUGAGGAUUGCUACUUUGAAGAUGUGAGAUCCAGUGAGACCUUCUUUGAAAACUGCACCAUCAUCUCUACUGUCUUUUAUAACACUGAUCUCUACGAGCACAAAUUCAUCAACUGCAGGCUCAUCAACAGCACCUUCAUGAAGGAGAAGGAAGGCUGCCACAUCGACUUUGAGGAGGACAAUGAUUUCCUGAUCUACCUGGUCAGCUUCCUGGGCAGCCUGUCUGUGCUGCCAGGCAACAUCAUCUCUGCUCUGCUCAUGGACAAAGUCGGGAGGAUAAAGAUGAUUGGCGGCUCGAUGCUGAUCUCAGCCGUGUGCUGCUUCUUCCUGUUCUUCGGGAACAGCGAGUCGGCGAUGAUCGGCUGGCAGUGCCUCUUCUGCGGGGCCAGCAUCGCCGCCUGGAACGCCCUGGAUGUCAUCACCGUGGAGCUCUACCCCACCGACAAAAGGGCAACAGCCUUUGGCAUCCUCAAUGGGCUUUGCAAGUUUGGUGCCAUCCUGGGGAACUCCAUCUUCUCCUCCUUCGUAGGGAUAACCAAGGUGGUUCCCAUCCUUCUGGCCUCCUCCGCUCUGGUUGGGGGUGGCCUGCUGGCUCUGCGCCUGCCAGAGACUCGAGAACAGGUCCUGAUGUGA